AUGAUGAACGCGACCACGCAAAGUAGAAGUAGCUGCCCGAUCUGGGAGUCGAGGACGGAAAACGGAGGACGGAGCUUGGAGUCUGGCUCCAGACUAUACGACCAGGAACUUCUCGAUCGGCCUUGGUCUGGCGCCACCAACAUUCAGCAGCAGCUUGGGGCGGCUGCUGCAGAUCGGCUCCAAGUCGCACAGGUCCAGGCUGCAGCUCCACCACCGGCAUCAAUAGCACCACCGACGACGAUGACCAAGACCAAGACCAAGACGAAGACGAGGACGAUCCAAGCACGUUAA